ACAAACCUUUGCUCCUACUCCUCCUCCUGUCACUACUGCUACGCCGUACAGCGCACCAGGGACGACCCAAAACACCAUCCUCAUCCUUCGGUCCCGUAGCGAAGAAACCCUCCUCUUGAUCAUUGCGAACGAAGCCUCUAGCCUUGGAUCGACGAAUGCAAUUGUAAAUUGAGUCGCUUCCCCACCGAUACCCCCUUCAUUGGACGCCCGCAUGUCUACGCUCCUUCUCUUUCUAUAACCUCUAUUCCCUUCGCGACAUGGCUGGAAGGCCGCCUCCCGGCGGGCCCUCAAAUCCCGGAGACGACCUCCUCCUCGAUCUCGACGACCAAGCUCCCUAUGGCGCACAUAGGCCCGUGAACGAUGAUCCUACCUCCCGUCCCUCCGUGUCCUAUGACGACUUCGUGGGUGGAAGCCAGACGACCCAUCCUACCGCCAAAAAUCCACCACCAGGAGCCGGCAUCUCCGGUCCUCGACCGCCGUACCUCGUCGAUUCUGAUAGGCAGUACAGCCAGACUUCCGGUCUGGACAACUAUCAGAGGUACGCAGAUGACUUCGACGAUUACCCCGAUGACGGCCAAUCAUACUACCAACACGGGGGGAACGCGGGCGGCGACUCGGCGGGUCGUGCCAAUGCGCGGAGCCGCAACAGUGUGCUCGGGUUGGGCGGCGGCUUCUUAGGGAGAGCUAAGAGCAUGCUCGGGAUGGGGCAGAAAGGCUAUUCGGAGAUGGAUCUACCUUUGACGGAGCCUAGCCAUGGGCAGGUGGAUUCGAGCCGCGAGCAGCAGCCCAAGCAAAACAAGAAAUUCGAGUUGAAGAACUUCAGGUUUGGCUUCGGUAGAGGCAAGCCGGACCCCUCGACCCUCGGCCCCCGAAUCAUCUUCUUGAACAACCCCCCGGCGAAUUCCGCAAACAAAUACAUCGAUAACCACGUCUCUACCGCCAAAUACAACAUCGCCACCUUCCUGCCUAAGUUCAUCGUCGAGCAGUUCUCUAAGUUUGCCAACCUUUUCUUCUUAUUCACCGCGGCGCUACAACAAAUCCCGAAUCUAUCCCCGACGAACCGCUACACCACUAUCGGUCCUCUCAUCGUCGUGCUGCUGGUAUCCGCAGGCAAGGAACUAGUCGAGGAUUACAGGAGGAAGCAAGCCGACAGUUCCCUCAACAACUCGAAGGCGAGGGUCUUGCGGGGGUCCACCUUCGAGGAAACGAAAUGGAUCAACGUGGCGGUGGGCGACAUCGUGAGGGUCCAGUCGGAAGAACCCUUCCCGGCCGACAUCGUCUUGCUGGCAAGCUCCGAACCCGAGGGCCUGUGCUAUAUCGAGACCGCUAACCUCGAUGGCGAGACGAACCUGAAGAUUAAGCAGGCCUUGCCCGAGACGUCUACCAUGGUCAGUCCGGCGGAGCUGAGUAGACUAGGGGGCAGGGUCCGAUCCGAGCAGCCCAAUAGUAGUUUGUAUACGUACGAGGCGACCCUCACGAUGCAGGCUGGUGGAGGUGAGAAGGAACUGCCUCUCAACCCGGAACAGCUGUUGUUGCGUGGCGCCACCCUUAGGAAUACUCCAUGGAUUCACGGGAUAGUGGUCUUCACCGGUCACGAGACGAAGCUGAUGCGUAACGCGACCGCCACUCCCAUCAAGCGGACCAAGGUCGAACGGCAGCUAAACAUACUAGUUCUCGCACUGGUCGGCAUACUGCUGGUUCUCAGCGUCGUAUGUACUGUGGGGGAAUUGGUUUUCCGGUCGGUUCGGUCAGACACGAUUCCUUACCUCAUGCUAGAGGAUCUCGGCUCGGCCAAUCUGGUGGUGCAGGCGAUAUUCAAAGACCUCGUCACGUACUGGGUCUUGUUCUCGUCGUUGGUCCCCAUCUCGCUCUUCGUGACUGUCGAGAUGGUCAAGUACUGGCAUGGCAUACUAAUUAACGAUGACCUGGAUAUCUACUACGACAAGACAGACACGCCGGCGAACUGUCGGACCUCGAGCUUGGUCGAAGAAUUGGGCAUGGUCGGCUUCGUAUUUUCGGAUAAGACCGGGACAUUGACUUGCAAUAUGAUGGAGUUCAAGCAAUGCACGAUUAGCGGGAUACAGUAUGCGGACGAGGUCCCGGAGGAUCGGAGAGCUACCGUUCAGGAUGGCGUGGAAGUCGGCAUCCACGACUUCAAGCGAUUGAACGAGAAUAAGAAAUCGGAUGCGAGCGCCGAGGCGAUUCACCACUUCUUGGCCCUUCUCGCCACCUGCCACACCGUGAUUCCCGAACGGGAAGAAGAGAAGGGGGGUAAGAUAAAGUACCAGGCCGCGUCGCCCGACGAAGGCGCUCUAGUUCAGGGCGCUGUGACCAUGGGAUAUACGUUCGUCGCCCGCAAGCCACGAUCGGUCAUUAUCGAGGUCGAAGGCAAGGAGUACGAAUACGAGCUUCUGGCGGUUUGCGAGUUCAAUUCCACGAGGAAGCGAAUGUCCGCGAUAUAUCGAUGCCCCGAUGGGAAGAUUCGAGUGUACUGCAAGGGUGCAGAUACUGUUAUCCUCGAGCGCCUGAACGAGGACAACCCCCAUGUCGAGCAAACUCUGGUACACCUCGAGGAGUAUGCGUCUGAGGGUCUGCGUACUCUCUGCCUGGCGAUGCGCGAAGUGCCCGAGCAAGAGUUUCAAGAGUGGAAUAGUAUUUUCGAGAAGGCCCAGACUACCGUCGGCGGUAACCGGUCCGAGGAGUUGGACAAGGCGGCAGAGCUCAUCGAACACGACUUUUACUUGCUCGGCGCAACUGCCAUCGAGGACCGCCUCCAGGAUGGCGUGCCCGAGACUAUUCACACACUGCAGCAAGCGAAUAUCAAGGUGUGGGUUUUGACCGGAGAUCGACAAGAAACGGCCAUCAACAUCGGCAUGAGCUCUAAGCUGCUAAGCGAAGACAUGAUGCUUCUGAUCAUCAACGAAGAGGACGCUGCAGCGACCCGCGACAACAUCCAGAAGAAGCUCGACGCGAUCCGGAACAACGCGGAAGGGUCCGUCGAGAUGGACACGCUAGCUCUCGUCAUUGAUGGUAAAUCCCUUACCUACGCCUUGGAGCCAGAAAUGGAGAAGAUCUUCUACGACUUGGCAGUGAUGUGCAAGGCGGUCAUCUGUUGCCGUGUCUCGCCGCUGCAGAAGGCCUUGGUGGUAAAGAUGGUGAAGAAAUUUUCGCCCGAGAUUCUCCUCGCCAUUGGCGACGGAGCCAACGAUGUCUCUAUGAUCCAGGCCGCCCAUAUCGGCGUCGGUAUUUCGGGCGUGGAGGGUCUCCAGGCGGCUCGAUCCGCCGAUAUCUCGAUCGCCCAGUUCCGAUUCCUCCGCAAGCUUACUCUCGUCCAUGGCGCCUGGAGCUACCACCGUAUCAGUAAAACGAUUCUCUUCUCGUUUUAUAAGAAUAUCACUCUCUAUAUGACGCAAUUCUGGUACACAUUCCAAAACGUAUUCUCCGGCGCGAUCAUUUACGAAUCUUGGACACUAUCCUUCUACAAUGUCUUUUACACCGUGCUACCGCCUCUCGUCAUGGGUAUCUUGGAUCAGUUCAUCUCGGCACGGCUGCUUGACCGAUAUCCGCAGCUCUACACCCUGGGACAGAAGAACCAGUUCUUCAAGAUCGGCACUUUCUCCGCAUGGAUCGCGAACGCUGUCUACCACUCGAUCAUCCUGUACAUCUUCGCCGAGCUCAUCUGGUACAGCGAUCUCAAGCUGGUCGACGGCACGAUGGCAGGCCACUGGGUUUGGGGUACGGCGCUGUAUGCGUCUACCCUGGCCACCGUUCUCGGGAAGGCUGCCCUGGUAACCAGUAAUUGGACGAAGUACCACGUCAUGGCCAUCCCGGGCAGUAUGGUUAUCUGGUACGUGUUCGUCGUCGUCUACGGGUUGGUCGCUCCCAGGCUCGGGUUCUCCCAGGAAUACGACGGGCUGGUACCCAAGCUCUUCUCCAAUCCCGUCUUCUGGCUUCAGACUGUGGCCCUACCCAUCCUAUGCCUCCUUCGAGACAUCGCAUGGAAGUACUCCAAGAGAAUGUACUACCCGCAGACAUAUCACCACAUACAGGAGAUCCAGAAGUACAACAUUCAGGAUUACCGUCCGAGGAUGGAGCAGUUCCAGAAGGCGAUCCGAAAGGUCCGCCAGGUACAGCGGAUGCGGAAGCAACGCGGCUACGCUUUCUCGCAAGCGGACGAAAGCCAGACGCGGGUGAUAAAUGCUUACGAUACAACGAGACACAGGGGAAGAUACGGCGAGAUGCCGGCGUCGACACCGGGCAGGUAGUUUAUAGGGGGUAGGCCCCGGCUAUUGAUCGCGGUCAGGCGACAUGAUUACCACGAAUCUCAAAUCUUGGUCGUGAUAGGUAGCGUUGU